UCAAGAGAGAUAUACGGAGGGACUAUGACCAGAGUGUCGUUGGUUGUUAUACAGCAAGGCCACAGCGAGCUCACUUGCAAACCGCAGAGCCAACUGCCGCAAGGACACCGCCAUCGCUUCAGCAACAACCGCAACCUACGCCCCAACGGCGACGAUGGCUGCCUCGACCCGCAACGCCCGAAACGUCGCUCUGGUCGACGCCGGCGACGCAGGACUACGGGCCGCCCUCGCCGCUACCACCCGCACCGAGUUCUUCAAUGGCUCCAAGCACCUCCAUUGUGCCGCCGAGGGAGGUCGGAGGGAGGUGGUGGAGGCGCUGCUCGCCGGGGGCGCUGACCCCCAACGCCCGGGAUGUUGGACGUUUUGGUAAGGCGGAAGGAAGCCGAGGACGGCAGUAGUAUUAUUAUCAUUAUUUUUGAUUUAUCAUUAUUAUUGUUGUUGUCGUUAUUAUUUAUUUUUAUUGUUAUGAUGCCCAUUUUAUUAUCAUACUUAUCAUUAUUAUUAUUAUUAUUAUUAAAUAUUAUUUUUUAGCGUUGUUGUUUUUAUUAGUACUAGUAUUAGUAGUAGUUAUUACUUUUUCAUUAUUAUUGUUAUUAUUAUCAUUCUUUUAAUAACCAUUGGUUGAGGUCCUUUUAUCACUCAUGGACGCCGUCAUAUAUAUAUCUGGUGCCGAUAUUAGUAUUUAUAUUUUCAUCUCUGAUAUUAAAACCUUUUCUCAUUUUUUAUCAUAAAAUACCAGUUGAUUUAUAUUGAAAUGAAUUAUUAACUUUAAUGUAUAAAUUUGAGUAUCAUUGUUACUCUCUUUUAUUAGUAUCAUUAAGGUUGUCAUUAUUUUUACUAGCAUCAAAGCUUUUAUUAUUAUUAUUAUUAUAAUUUUAUUUUUUUAUUAUUAUUUUUUGUUGUUGUUGUUAUUCUUAGCAUCAUUAUGAUUAUGAUCAUCAUCAUCCCCGUCAUCCUCAUCAUUAUUGUUAUUAUUCUAAUUAUUAUCAUCAUUAAUAGUAGUAGUAGUAUCAUCAUCAUUACGAUGAUGAGGAGGAGGAAUGUUGUUUGUGUCAAUAUAGAUUCUGUUUAUCGUUUAUAAUUUACAGAUCUUGGUUCAGGAUCCUCCUCCUCCUCCUCCCCCUUCUCUCUGUCCUCCUCUGGUUCUCCUCUUCCUCCUCUUCCAAUUCUUUCUCUCUCCUUUCCCUCUUCCUAUUCCUCAUCUCAGUGUCUCGCUUCUUCCU